UACUCAAACACUCCCACCUUUUUUUCUCAAACACAACUAGUUAAACGUAUAUAUCACUUUUAAUUUGUUUUGCAUAUUUCAUUUGAUGGAUGGCAUCAAAUUGUUUGGCAUGAACAUAACAUGUCAUAAGAGUACCAAGUUUACUGAUGGUAGUCAUGAUAUAAAAACAAGUAGAACCAGCACAGAAUAUUCACAAGCAGAGGAUCAAGUAACACAAAAUUAUCAAGAAGGGGGUUUAUCAAUGAAGGAAACUGUGGAGUCAGUAGAUGGAAACGCGAAAAUCGCAUUCUCUGAAGAUACAUAUACAGCAAAAAACGAUCAAUCAGAAGGUGAUGCAAUGAAUUCGCAACAUGAAUCCUUGAAAAAGCCGGAUAAACUAAUCCCCUGUCCUCGUUGUAAUAGUAUGGACACAAAGUUUUGUUACUAUAAUAAUUAUAAUGUGAAACAGCCUCGGCAUUUUUGCAAGACCUGCCAAAGGUAUUGGACUGCAGGUGGGUCUAUGAGGAAUAUGUCGAUUGGAGCAGGUCGCCGAAAACAUAAGAUUUCUACAUCUCAGAAUGUUUUCUUGGGUGUUGAUUUGCAAAUUGUUGGUAAUAAUGCGGUUUCUUGUAGAGAGAAAGACAAUGGAGAUGAUUGUUCCAGUGGAUCCACAGUGACUACUUGUAAUUCAGUAACUGGAUAUACGCCCCAUGGAAAUGGAUUCUAUCCUCAUGGACAUUGUAUUCCGGGGGUUCUGUGGCCAUAUAAUCAAUGGAAUUCAACAGGAUACUCUACAAUACCGUAUUGGAAUUAUAUUCCUUGGUUACCAAUAUCAUCACCUAAUACACAAAUCGAAAACUUGACAAAUUUAGGAAAACGUUCAAGAGACGGGGAAUUAGUAAAUCCAAAUUGUUGUGAAGAGCCAAAGAAACAAAAGAAGAAUUCGGUUUUGACUCCUAAGACGCUUAGAAUAGACGAUCCUGAUGAGGCUGCAAGGAGUUCUAUAUUGUCAACACUUGGUAUCAACGGCGAAAAUAUUAGCACUCGAGGGAUGUUUAUGGCUUUCCAAUCAAAAGGUGAAGAAAACAAGACGCCCCUAGUCAGUCAUACUUCUCCAGCGUUGCUGGCUAAUCCUGCUGCUUUGUCUAGGUCACUCUGCUUCCAAGAAAGAGCCUGAAAAUGAUCCUUUUUUUAAGCCGAUCGAAUACUCAAUUUUCGUUAGAGUUUUGUACAGGUUAUAAAGGUUUCGAGUUUGCAGUUGUAACACUGUCUAAGAUAGGUGUUUUUGUUAUUAAUUAGUUAGUAAUACCUUAAUGUAAAACAGAAUUUACUGUCUGUAUAGCUUUAGAUGUUCCAAUUUUGUUGGUCUUAUAUAAAAUAAUACAAUCCUUUUUUAUUCUCUAAAA